AUGAAAAGGAAAAUCGAGAUGGUGCAAAGCACCGGCUGCGUCAGGCUGCUCCUGCUCGUCAGCGUUGCUGCUCAAUCGGCUUCGGCUAUCUCCUAUGGCUUGCUGCCGAAUGGCAACUUCGAGGAGGCGCCGGACGAGUCGCAGAUGAACGGCACGAGGGUGACGGGGCGCUACGCGAUACCGAAGUGGGAGAUCUCCGGGUUCGUGGAGUACAUCGGGUCGGGCCAGAAGCAGGGUGACAUGCUCCUGCCGGUGCCGGAGGGCGCGUACGCCGUGCGGCUGGGCAACGAGGCGUCCAUCCAGCAAAAACUCGGCCUGACGCGGGGCAUGCACUACUCCAUCACAUUCAGCGCCGCGCGCACCUGCGCCCAGUCCGAGGUGCUCAACGUGACGGUCAGCCCCGAGUCCGGUGAUCUCCCCAUCCAGACGGUGUACACCAGCAGCGGCUGGGACUCCUACUCAUGGGCCUUCAAGGCCAAGCAUAGCGUCGUGACGCUCAUCGUCCACAACGUCGGUGUCUCCGACGACGCAGCAUGCGGCCCCCUCAUCGACUCGUUCGCCAUCAAAACCCUGCAACUUCCUCAACGCACCAAAGGUAACAUGCUGAAGAAUGGGGGCUUCGAGGAGGGCCCGUACAUCUUCCCCAACACGUCCUGGGGCGUGCUGGUGCCACCGAGGGACGAGGACGACUACUCGCCGCUGUCCCCGUGGGCGGUCCUGUCGUCCACCAAGUCCGUCAAGUGCAUUGACUCGGCGCACUACUCAGUGCCGGGCGGCGCCCGCGCGGUUGAGCUGUUGUCCGGCAUGGAGACGGCGCUGGUGCAGGAGGUGAGCACCGUGCCCGGGCGGUCGUACAGGCUGGAGUUCUCCGUCGGGGACGCCGGCGACGGGUGCGCCGGGUCCCUGGCCGUCCAGGCGUACGCGUCGCGCGGGAGCGUGAAGGUGCCGUACCAGUCGCAGGGCACGGGCGGGCACAAGCGCGGGGUGCUCGAGUUCACGGCGACGGAGAAGCGGACGCGCGUGGUGUUCGUCAGCAUGGCCUACACCAUGAAGACCGAUGGCACGCUGUGUGGGCCCGUCAUCGACGACGCGUCGCUCGUCACCGUUCGCACUCAUCGCCGGUUAUUUCUGUAACUAUGCGUGAUGUCCACUGGUUUGGAGGUUGGGUUAGACGAAAGAUGCGUCAAGGUCACUAGAAUCAAAAGUGACUUAAGUUGCCCGUCUGUUAGGCCCAUAUAUUUAUCAAUAUAUGAAGGGAUAUCUUAUUCCUUUUUUGUAAUAGUUAUUAUGCAGAAAAGGUGAGGUUUUUUAUUUAUUAUCGGCGAGGGAAAGUUCGUUCUUUUAAG